UUCGAGUAUUCACACUGUAUAGUUGUGUCUAUCUAGAAUGGGUGGACUCGAAGUGGAAGGUUCUCGUGGAACAAUCAUUUAGAGGUCCACUGCCGCUCCACGCUUUUCUCAGGUUGCUGGGAUCACUUUGGCACUUUCGAGUACCUCCCGGGCCUAAACGAGGAUUACCUUUGGAGGAUAUUCGGAAAACAUUAUUACCGUUCCUUUGACGCUAAUCAUACUUCGAUCACGAAAGAAAGUGCAACGUGCUUAGAGUGAACGAAAAGGUGAUUCAACACAAAAACUGUCUUUGAAUCUUCAAUCUUCAGCAUUUAUGGACCUUGGCAAUAUCUUAGCUUUCAAGAUCUUUCUGAGUGAGGCUUGCUAUGGCUUUUGAGACAUCUGCUACCGGCCUUUCCAAGGCCUUAGUUACCACCGUCAUCUGGUCAACAUUGUCUUUGAGCAUCUUGGGCUUUGACCAUCAUCACCAAACCGCAAAAGGUUGGAAGAAACCAUUGCCUGAGGGAAUUACAGAAUCAGAGGGCCCAAAUGCCAUCGGAAAUGAUCCACUUCUGAGGCAUGAAACCACUUCACCUCACACCAACCAGUCCCACAUUCUGCCAUAUGGUCUUCUCAUUGGCCAAGACAAUGACCUUUGCGAUCGAAUGGACCAGCACUUGAGAAAAUUGGAGAGUCGGGUUCAAGAGAUGGACGUCCAAGAUCAUCUGACAGGCCAAUGGGUGUCAUCACAGUGUGAAGUGCGCCCUGGUGGCCAAUUCUUACUUCGACAAUACUUCUUUCGUUCGAAUGGCGAGGACAAUAACGAUAGCUUCAUUUUGAAUCAGUACCAUUACUCUGACCGCGAUUGUAUAACUCCCUUAUAUAUGGUGAAGGUAUGGGGAACUCUUAAGUAUGGUAGAUCAUCUUGGCUCGUCCCAGGUUCCUCCGAGAUGAAACCCACAAUCAGCAGAGUUGGGAUUGUUCCUUUCACUCAAGAAGCGAGUAACGAGCUCUUCAAAAGAACGACCCGGUCGUGCUCGUUCCUUCAAGAACUGAUAGGCGAUCGAUCCCGGUGGAGAACGGGCAAGAUGGUGAUUGUCUACUUGACUGACGUGGCCAAAGUUGGGAAAUCAUUGCCCGUCUCGUUAACAGAUUGGGUGCCUCACUUCCGAGAUGAAGCUUGUCUUGAUUCGAUGAACCUCGAUUUCCACGAGCUCCAACUUAUGAGGAUUGAACGAAGACCUAUUCGAAAACACCACCACAAAUUCCGUACGCAUCAUCUCGAGCUUCUAUUAGGGGACAUUCACACGGAUGUUCACCAACAACGAAAGUAUCGCCCGACGGCCAUGCAACCUUACAGCCUAAUCAACGCUAACCAGGUGUACCGAUGUAAAACAUGUCACAAGGUCAUCCAUGCUACAUCAGACCAACCUCCACGCCUCCAUCCACGCCCAUUUAUUUCCGUGGCCCCGCAGGGCGAGUGGCUCUCUGUUCGUUGUGAAACUAGGCCAAACACGUUGUUUUUGAGACGGAGACUGCGCUUUUUGCCCAAUCGCACCUGGAUGGGUACUUAUCGCUAUUUUUCAGACGAGCUCUGCACCAAAAGUGUUUUCGAAAUAUCUGCCAAGGGCAAGUUUCUCCCAAGUGGAUUAUCCUCCAAAGUAGAUGGCGGUUCCAACUUCGAGUUCAAGAUAAAAGAGGCUUCAAUCAAGCCUCAAACAGAGUCCCUAGCUCGCCAAUUGAACGCUGUACCAACCGGAUCUUGUGGCUCUCGAGGCCAAUGGAGGCUGGACGAUUAUCAGGAUAUUACCCAAACCAAUGGUUGUAAGGCCAUGGGAUUAAAAAUUCCAAUCAUUGAAAAGGAUUUGUUAAAAAUUGAGAUCGAUCAACGAGCGAAUGCUUUUGCCAAGCCCCACCUCUUGUUGUACUUGGGACAAACGGACACGGAUCAACGCGAAUCUUCAUCCACCUAUUUUACCCGGCCCACAUCCUAUCAGCCGCCUUUGAUUCAGUGUCACAUAGAUCCCGGCUAUCACAUCCUGACCAACGAGCUGUUUCCAUUGGCCCAAGCGUUAAGGAUGUCUCGGAAUGUUGCCAAUGGCAUCAGAAGCAAUGUCUGGAUUUUUUUAAGUACAAUAAUCGUAAACUUUUGGAGCGUGAUGCCGAAAUGAGCCAACCCAUUUGUCAAAGAUUUCCAAAUUCCAAUGUGGCGAUUGCACAAUAUUAUAUCAUCUCGUGAAAUAAAACAUGAUCAAGACCUUUUGAAACCAGUGCUAACCUCAUC